AUGUCCCAACCUCGUGUGCCCCUUGUAUCCGGCGUCCCCGUCGGCGCACCCGGCUCCGGCGCCCGUAUCACCGAUCUAGCUAUCGGCCAAAAAUUUAUCGACCUUGCCUUCGAACACGGCGUCAAGAACUUCGACAGCGCCGAAGUCUACUCAAAAGGCACCAAUGAGGAGUUCCUCGGCAAGCUCGACCUCAAGGACGCCGUUGUCGACACUAAGGCGUCACCUUUCCCUCCCGGCGCGCACAGCGCGGCAAAUCUCCUCAAGGCCGCUUCGCGAUCGGCCGCCAAGCUCGCGCCCCACAAAAUCAACGUCUAUUACCUGCACGCGCCAGACCAUUCUGUGCCGUACGAAGAGAGCUGUGAGGCCAUAAAUAAGUUGUACAGGCACGGUCUCAUCAAGGAGUUUGGAUUGAGCAACUAUAGCUCCUGGGAGGUCGCUGAGAUCUACUACAUUUGCAAAACCAAUGGGUGGAUCCUUCCGACGGUUUAUCAGGGGCGCUACAACGCUGUUCAACGUGAGGUCGAGGCGGAGCUGUUCCCCUGCCUUCGCAAGUUCGGCAUCCGUUUCUACGUCUACAGCCCCCUUGCCGGCGCUCUCUUGACCGGGAACAUAUUGUCACCAGACGAUCUCGAUAAGCGCACUGGCUCUAGAUAUGACCCUAAGAUAAGUCCGUACGCUUCGGUUCUGCGCGACCUCGCGACUCCUGUCUUGCCGGUCGUCAAAGAGCUCGCAGAGGAAAUUGCGAAAUACAAAAUUCCGCUACCGGAGGUGGCCACUCGCUGGAUCCAGCACCACAGCCUGCUCGACCCCGAGAAGGGCGACAGGGUCAUCAUCGGCUCCAGCUCGUUGGAGCAAUUGGAAAAGAACUUGAUGACGCAUGCGCUGGGUCCCCUACCGGAAGAGGUGUUGCAGGUGAUCAACGCGGCUGGAAUCAAGGCGAUGGGGCUCAACAAGCACUAUGGCUUCUAGAGGUCGAUUUCCGAGUGUCAGAAACUGAAGAAUGAGCAUUCGCCUGUGAUCCUCGUAUAACUUUAUUUUUGACUAGACCCAGUCUCGAAUUAUUGCAAUGCACGCAUUGUCCCAAUC